AUGUUUCUGCUGCGGAGAUCAUUAAAUGCAAGAGUAGGUUUUACACCAAGCGCUUUUUGCGCAGCUAUAAGGCCUCCUGUGGGUGUUUUACAGUAUAGAUUGCAGUCAACGCUGCCAUCCAAUCCCCCAAUAAACGCAGAAUUGAUUAAAAAUACAGAUAAUACGAUAGAAGGAGAAGCAGAUCGUUGGAUUGCUGCAUUAGAUGAACUGGAUAAGGAGUUAGCAGAGGGGUCUUUCUCCGAAAUGAAUUUGUCUCAGCAAGGUGUCUCCGGAGUAAGUUAUCAGCAACUGAUGGAAACUAUGCAGAACAAGUUUGAGCCAACUGCUGAGCAGCUAGCUGAGUGGGAAAGUUUAAAGAGUGUCCCAAUCCCUUUGAAGAAGGACGAGGUUUUCGACCAAGUCGUCAACAUGAUUAUGAGGCAUGGAAAAAAAGAAAAAGCACAUAAGAUACUGUCGCGUGCCUUGUAUAUAGUGUUCUGUGUUACCAGGAAGGACCCACUCCCAGUUUUAAAGAAAUCUUUGGACGACUUGGCUCCCUUGAUGAUAGUCAGAAAGUUCAAGACCCGUGUUGCUAAGGCAGCUGAAAUCCCAGUGCCUUUAACGCAGAGACAAAGAAUCCGUCUUGCAUGGAAGUGGAUUCUUGAAAGUUCAUCCAAGAGGAAAUCAGAUGACAUUGCUGUUCGUCUGGGACAAGAACUUGUUGCAGUAUACAAAGGCGAAAGUACCGGUUUCCAAAAACGUGACGAAAUUCAUAAGUCCGCUAUCGCACACAGAGCGUACAUCAAGUUGAACUAG